AUGCACCAACUGUUUGGGCUUUUUCUUUGUGAUGCUGGGCUUUCUGAAUACUUGGUGACUCAUUUUGUUUAUCCUUCAGGCCCAAGCCCUGAUACGGAUUCCUCUGGAGAGGAACCACUGCCCCCCACCACUCCUGAUGCCUGUGAUUCAACCAUGGUCUUGGAUGCUGUCGCCACCCUGCGAGGAGAGAUGUUCUUCUUCAAGGACAGCUUCUUCUGGCGGAGCUACCCUCAGAGCAGCACACCUCAGCAGAGUCUCAUCACAAACUUCUGGCCCGAUGGCCCCUCAAACAUUGACGCUGCUUAUGAAAGCCGAAGCUCAGACAAAGUCUAUCUCUUUAAAGGAAAGAAGGUUUGGGCUUUCAGUGGAUAUGAUCUUGUAGGCGGCUAUCCUAAACCAAUUUCCAGUUUUGGUCUGGCCAAAGGUGUGGAGAAAAUUGAUGCAGUCUUUCAUGACGUGGACACUGGAAAGACUCUGUUCUUUGUAGGCAGCGAUUACUACAGUUAUGAUGAAGUCAGAAAGACUAUGGACCAAAGCAAGCGAGUGGAUGAGACUUUCUCCGGACUGACCGGCCAGGUGACUGCAGCCUUCCAGUACAGAGGUUUUACCUACAUCUACAGUGGAAAAUACAUGUUUGAGUACAGCCUGAGGUCCGGGAGGCUGUUCCGCGUGUUGAACAACAGCUACUUCCUGCGCUGCACUAACUUCUAAACCACUUUAUAUGUUGUUCAUACUGUAUGACCACCUUGAAUGAGGAUGAAGGAAACAGAGUUAAUUGGACUGCUUUUAUACAGGAUUUUUCUACUCUUAGCACCACUCAGAGAAUGAAAUCACCUGCUACUGGGGUUAGGGUAAGAUCCAAAUGUCUAUAAUUUAUAAUAAUAUAUUUUAUAAUUUAAACAUUUGAUGUUACACAUUACCGAGUAUAUACUGGAUAAAUACUCUUCCUCAGAAAACAGUUUAAAUAUUACUUUUUAAACUCAUUGCUUACUUAUCUAUAUUUAUCUCAGGAUAUGAAUGUCCUAUGCACUGAUUAAUUAUUGCUAUUGUUGCUGUUAUACUUUUUUAUUGAAUAUAUUUUAAUUGUGGAACUUUAAUUUCCCCUUCUUUUGAAACAUUGUCAUUUCCAUUUGCACAUGAAUGCACAUAUUUGUACACCACUGUGAAACAAAAUAUGAACGCAAGUAUGGUAACAUCUAAAAAGACAAGUGUGAAAAGGUCUAAAGAAAUUAAUUGGAAGAUAAAAAGU